UGCGAACAUGCGAUAUCCCUGCUGCGUCAUCCUUGGACUCUGUUAAUAAUUGACCGUUGUUUUAUUUCACGAAACAGCCUUGUGUUAUACAUAACCCCCUCGAAAGCCUCCCAUGACUUUACUCUCUACACUCUACUCAGUACCGAAGGUAAAGAAAAUAACAUAGCCUCCUAUACGAAUUUUCGUGCUCGGCAUUGCUUCAUACAGCAUCCCAACUUCACCAGUCUCUUCGACCCCGACCCAAGUCGUUCUGGCGAGUAUUUUCAUCAUCUCGUAACCGGUUAGGCGAUUCAGAGGACUCCCUAGUCCAUCCUCAAAUGUCUCAACCUAGCCAGCAGGUACUUGCGGCCGCUACCCUUAGAGGGCCUGCAAAGCUAGCCGCAGUCACAAGUUUGAUGGAAAAACUAUCACAAGAUCUGGUUUCCGCCAGCCUACCCCCUCAACAACGCGAUUCUGCCUUGGAAGAGCUUAAAAUAUACGGAAGAGAUCCUCAGAAUGCGGAUCCCAUAUUUACAAAAGAGGGCAUAGAGAUGCUCGCCCGACAUGCAUUUAAUAGUCCAUCCAGCACCACAUCCAGAAAUGCUUUGCGAGUUCUCUGCAAUGCGCUACUCCUAGAGUCAGAGACUCGUCAGAUUUUCGUCGACCUUGGCUACGGGGACAAGUUGUGUGACAAAUUGCAGAGUGAUAGUUGCGAUGACGAAUUUCUGGUUUCCAGGAUGCUCUUUCUAACGACUUAUGGCACGAACACAGACUUGACUGAGCUCAUUGAUAAGCACCAUCUUGCAGUUGCUAUUAAUAAGAAUCUUGAGCGGCAUGCAAAGCGUCGCACCACCGGAAGCCCGGUGACGGAUCCCAUGGAAGACAUGGCGCUCACGGAGACGCUGAAGCUCCUCUUUAAUAUUACUCACCAUUGCAAAGACCGAGUUUCUUCGUUUACCUCAACUAUAUCCCACAUCGUUACCUUAUUAUGUAAAGGUUCAUUUCAAGUCCAGAAACCGCUGGACUCCCCUACCGGCCAACUAGUCCAUGCCCUCCUUAACUUAGAUAUUGCCGCCAAAGAGGUUCAAGCGUUUCUCUUCCCCGAAAGCGAUCCUAGCGUUCUGGCCAACCAUCUGGUUGAUCUACUAUCCGCUUCGACCACUGUGUAUGCAAAUGAGGAUCUAGAGCCAUCGAUUACACCCUUAGUUAGCGUGAUCCGUGGGAUUCACGAACACGCACCUGCGGAUGUGAAGAAGUCUAUACGCACUAGGCUUUUGCCAACCGAAGGCGACAGGACUGAAGUACUCGGCCGGACUAGUACUUUGCCUUCUUGGCUCUUGAAGAAUUCGACGAAUCCUUUAACGCCUCAGUUACGAGAGAUAAUAUCCAAUUUAUUCUUUGAUAUGUCCGACAGAGAUGCAUCGAUCUUUGUCGAGAACGUGGGCUAUGGCUUUGCCUCUGGUUUCCUAUUCAACCGGAACUUGCCGGUUCCUGAUAACGCCUCAGAAGCGUUCAGCACUGCCGCGGGUGGACCUGGUAGACCCGUCAACCCCAUCACGGGCCAGUUCCUGGAUGCCGAAAGACAGCCCGAGGAGCCCGAGAUGACCGAGGCCGAGAGGGAAAGGGAGGCAGAACGGUUGUUUGUCUUGUUUGAAAGAUUAAGAGCGAAUGGUGUUAUUUCUGCUGAGAAUCCAGUGCGAACAGCUGUCCAGGAGGGCCGGUUUGAAGAGCUACCUGAUGAUUACAAGGAGGAUUCUGAUUGAACUGCCUAGUCUUUAGGAAGCACCAGAGCUGGGUCUCCAUAAUAAUUUGCUUACAAUGUAUCAUAUAUGAUAUAUAUUGAGAUGUUAUUACGCCUCAAGUCUGAUGACUUUGGGAAUGUAAAGUUUGGUGUAUCUACGUGUAUAUUAGGUAGCCUAACUGACAACAAAUCAUGCCAAUGGGCCAUUUAAAUAGAC